AAUAAGGGUUUUAUUUGUUAGGGGUCGGUUUAUGUGUAUUUUAUAUGUUCCGUGCACGACUUUUGGAUCGAUAGUCAGAAACCCUAGAAAUACCAAAAUACAGAAGGUGUUCAUCUCUCUCUUGAAUCUACAACGUCGAGUUGACCUCGCCAUUUGCACAAUUCUUUCUGCAAUCUAAACGAGGUACAUAUUUUUGCACCACAUGGCUGGGCAAAGAAGUAGUCAUGGAAAACGUUCACAUUCUCAAUCUGAUUACAGUGAUCAUGGAAGAAGCAAGAGGCAUAACAACAGUGAUGAUAGAGGAGGACAAAAUUCUAUUGGCUCAGAUGACACUGUGUAUCGCUACUUAUGUCCUAGUAAGCGAAUCGGAAGCAUAAUGGGAAGAGGUGGUGAUAUAAUCAAGCAAUUAAGAUCCGAAAGCAAGUCAAAAAUCAGAAUUGGAGAAACAGUUUCAGGGUGUGAUGAACGUGUGGUGACUAUCCAUAGCACGAGUGAUGAAACAAAUGAUUUUGAUGAUCCUGAUGAACGAGUGUGUCCAGCAAUGGAUGCUCUUUUCAAAGUCUAUGAUAGAGUUGUUGCUGAUGACCUGGCAGAUGACAUGGAUCCUGAAGAAACACCACAAGUUACAGUUCGCCUUCUUGUCCCUUCAGAUCAAAUUGGAUGUGUUAUUGGAAAAGGUGGACAGAUUGUUCAAACUAUACGAACUGAUACUGGUGCUCAGAUUCGGAUCAUGAAAGAUAAUCACCUGCCUGCUUGUGCAUUAAGCAGUGAUGAACUUGUGCAGAUAUCAGGUGAAGCAUCUAUAGUAAGAAAAGCACUCUUCCAAAUAGCAACACGCCUCCAUGACAACCCAUCAAGAUCUCAACACCUGCUAUCUUCUUCCACACCUAAUGCUAAUAAUGCAUACCAUUCUGGUGGGUCCCUCAUGGGGGGUACACCUGGGGGGGCACCAAUCAUGGGUUUGGCCCCACUUAUGGGUGCAUAUGGUGGUUACAAGGGUGAAAGUGGUGGUGAAUGGGCACGUGGGUUUUACCCGGGCCCACGUGAGGAUUCUUCUCCAAGGGAAUUUCAUCUUCGUUUGAUUUGCCCAACUGGAAACAUUGGUGGUGUCAUAGGAAAAGGUGGUGCUAUAAUUAAUCAAAUUAGACAGGAAACUGGUGCAGCUAUUAAAGUUGAUAAUUCAGCUACUGAAGCAGAUGAUUGCAUAAUAUCUAUUUCAGCCAAAGAGGCAUUUGAAGAUGCGUUUUCUCCAGCUAUAGAAGCUGCAUUACGUUUGCAACCAAGGUGUAGUGAGAGAGUAGAGAGAGAUUCAGGUCUAAUUUCAUUCACCACUCGAUUACUUGUCCCAACUUCUCGAAUCGGAUGCCUUAUUGGAAAAGGAGGAGCAAUAAUCACAGAAAUAAGAAGAAUUACAAAAGCAAAUAUUCGAAUACUUUCCAAAGAGAAUCUCCCAAAAGUUGCAGACCGUGAUGAUGAGAUGGUACAGAUUUCUGCAGAUCUUGAUCUUGCAAAGGACGCACUGUUACAAGUGACAUCAAGGUUAAGGGCAAAUCUAUUUGAAAGAGAAGGGGCAUUAUCGACAUUUGUCCCAGUUCUUCCAUAUCUUCCUGUAGCACCUGAUGUGGCUGAUGUUGGAAAGUAUGAAAGUAGAGAUUCUUCAAAAGGACAUCAUGGAAGAGGACAUUCUUAUUCUUCUGGUGGAUAUAAUAAUAAUAGUAAUAAUAAUAAUAAUAAUCAUAAUAAUGCAUCUACUGAUUUGCCACCUGGCGAUGCAUAUGGAAGCUAUGGUGGUAGCUUACAGGGACGAAGUGGUGGUGAUUCGUAUGGAGCGUAUGGUAGCUAUUCUUCAGGUCGCAGUGGUAGUUCUGGGUUAUCAAGGCGAGAUAAUAACCCUAGUUCUAGGCGGAGGGAUUAUGGUUAUUGAAGCUGACACUUGAAGCCAAGCCAAGCCAAGCCAAGCCAAGCCUGAAGCCUAAAACCACCAGAGGACCAGUUGAACUGAACUGAACUGAACCAGUGUUGCAAAAUUUACCUACCAUUUGCCAUUUGAAGAUGAAAAAUAUUACUACUACUACUAUUACUCUACCAUAAGCUUUGAUUUCUUAAGUUCCAAACAACCUGUGCCUUGAAUCUACUUCUUAAAUCAUAAUCAAUCAAAUGUUUCCAAAUUCCAAGAAACCUUUUGACACUUUGUAAUGUUCACUAUUUAAUUACAUCAUCUCUUUCUUCUA